CUCCCAGAGUUGUCGCUCUUACAAACAGAAGCCCACUUCUCCCUGCAGAAUGCGAGCGGAGGGGACUCGCGGCUUGGGAGAGCAAUAGCCACCGGGACUGGGCUCUUUUCGGGACAAUUUGCCAACUUGUCUCGCAAGCAGCAGCGCCCUGGGGAAGGAGACAAGCAGGACACUGGAAUUCAAGAUCACACAACCAGCAGCUUCAGUGGAGAAAAACUAUUUUACUGGCAACUCUUUUUAAAGCACCAUCAUUUCAAAUCAGUGCGCUCUUAAACUAUUGACAGGAGCUUUGACAACAAGACAGGAUGCCUCAUAAAGAGGGAAGACUUUAACUAGUGACACGCAGAUGUGUGAGUCCCUAAAUUGUAUGAGAGGACAGUCCACCCAGAUUUCAGAACACUAUAAGCGAGCCACGUGGGAUACUGCUCUAUCAAUUCAACAUGCAGAACAGUCACAGCGGAGUGAAUCAGCUCGGCGGUGUGUUUGUCAACGGUAGACCACUGCCAGAUUCAACCAGACAGAAAAUAGUGGAACUAGCGCAUAGUGGGGCUCGUCCGUGCGAUAUCUCCAGAAUCCUGCAGACCCAUGCAGAUGCAAAAGUCCAAGUGCUGGACAAUCAAAACGUGUCGAAUGGAUGUGUGAGUAAAAUUUUGGGCAGGUAUUACGAAACUGGCUCCAUCAGACCCAGGGCAAUCGGAGGUAGUAAACCAAGAGUAGCGACUCCAGAAGUUGUAAGCAAAAUAGCGCAGUAUAAACGAGAGUGCCCCUCCAUCUUUGCGUGGGAGAUUCGAGACAGAUUACUAUCAGAGGGGGUCUGUACCAACGAUAAUAUACCCAGUGUAUCAUCAAUAAACAGAGUUCUACGCAACCUGGCUAGCGAAAAGCAACAGAUGGGUGCAGAUGGGAUGUACGACAAGCUGAGAAUGCUGAAUGGGCAGACAGGGACGUGGGGCACGCGACCCGGAUGGUACCCCGGGACGUCGGUGCCAGGACAGCCUACGCAAGAUGGCUGUCCACAACAGGAAGGAGGAGGUGAAAACACAAACUCCAUCAGCUCUAAUGGAGAAGAUUCAGAUGAGGCACAGAUGAGACUUCAGCUGAAAAGAAAGCUGCAGAGAAAUAGGACAUCCUUUACCCAAGAGCAAAUUGAAGCCCUUGAGAAAGAAUUUGAGAGAACUCAUUAUCCUGAUGUGUUUGCCAGGGAGAGACUAGCUGCCAAAAUAGACCUACCUGAAGCAAGAAUACAGGUGUGGUUUUCCAACAGGAGGGCAAAAUGGAGAAGGGAAGAGAAACUGAGGAAUCAGAGAAGACAAGCCAGCAACACACCCAGCCAUAUUCCCAUCAGCAGUAGUUUCAGCACAAGUGUCUACCAACCAAUCCCGCAACCUACCACACCUGUUUCCUCUUUCACAUCAGGUUCAAUGUUGGGCAGAACAGACACUGCGCUAACAAACACAUACAGUGCUCUGCCACCCAUGCCUAGCUUCACAAUGGCUAACAACCUGCCUAUGCAACCCCCAGUUCCCAGCCAGACCUCCUCCUACUCUUGCAUGCUGCCCACUAGUCCAUCAGUGAAUGGGCGGAGCUAUGAUACGUACACACCUCCUCACAUGCAGACACACAUGAACAGCCAGCCAAUGGGCACUUCUGGAACCACUUCAACAGGUCUUAUUUCACCUGGCGUGUCAGUUCCAGUUCAAGUUCCUGGCAGUGAACCUGAUAUGUCUCAAUACUGGCCAAGAUUACAGUAAAACAUGUGUUAAUUCCGUAAAUGACUAUAUGGACAACAGUUGGAUGUUCAGCAGUAUUUUAUAAAGGAAGAAUGGCUCCUGUACUGCAACUGUGCCCUAUUCUGUAACACAUGGAAAAGACUUUAACAUGGACCUUUGUACACUGAAGGCAUUAUAUCAGUUGGAACAAAUCUUCAUUUUGGUAUCCAAACUUUUAUUCAUUUUGGUGUAUUAUUUGUAAAUGGGCAUUUGUAUGUUAUAAUGAAAAAAAAAGAACAAUGUAGACUGGAUGGAUGUUUGAUCUGUGUUGGUCAUGAAGUUGUUUAAAAAAAAAAAAGAGGAAGCCAUGAUCAACAAGCUUUGCCACGAAUUUAAGAGUUUUAUCAAGAUAUAUCGAAUA